AUGGCCUCCUUGGAACGCGCAUAUAUCAACCCAGAUCUAGGCGUCCCUACCCAGGGAAUGUUAGAAUACAUCAAGUUGUGCUGCAACAAACUUCCUGUGGACGUCGAUAACGCCGAUGCACGCAUAUAUUUUCAGAAGCAUGUCACGAUAGCUACUGACCGCCUGGUACGCUUUCCCACCGAUCGAGUGGAAAAAGAGACGAUGGCAGGCAUCCCCGGCAUGACCCUUGACUUAGGCAUAAGAUAUGUCGCUGGCAGCUUGCACGCUCUGGGCGAUCAUCCUGGAUCUCCCUCACGAUGGUCACAUAACGGCUUGUACCUUACUGAAGCCGCACGUUGUGCGAAUCGUGCCACGAUAUUGAAAGAAUCGGCAGGCGUUUUAUGUCACACUGCACGAUUGCUCUCCGAUACCGUCAAGAUUCUCGCCACGGGAAAGCACCGGCUGAAUCACGUCGCCAGCAUCUGCAAGCGAUAUCUCGAACGACGCGAUCGCGCUAUCGAAGAAUCCACACGCGCUCGGGCACUGAAGGAGGCCCGCGCCUCGAACCAUUAUAAGUGUACCAGGAAUGACUGUGGAAUUCGUGCUACGUCUCAGCGGGCCCUAUACAAGUGCGGCGGGCCUUGUGCUUCGGAGGUUGAGCCGCACUAUUACUCGAAGGAAUGUCAAAAACUGGCCCAUAAACCGUACUGCAAAGGCAGGGAGGGUCCGAUAUCCACUACCGGGCCUUUGCCCGCUACUUCAGUAUCAGCCAGUGAUGCAAGUCUGGCAUCUGAUAGCGCAAGCACUGGUUCGUCGCAGAAGAAAAGAAGGAAACAGUGGAAGGCAAGCAAUUAUUGGAUUACGAUGCCAUCGCCCGAUGGUCCCGGGGAGGUGGAGAUCAGCACUCACACCUUGGAUGUAGGGAUGAUACGGCAACUCGGAAUCAUUACUCGUCGUGCUCGAGAAGAAGGAUUUGAGAGUGUGAUAGCGUCGUUAGAUGUCUUAAAAAUGGCAAAAACCUCCGACUGA